AUGGACGACAAAUCCGUUAACUCUGUUAUUCCUCCCGUCCAAGAUAGUACUCAGAGAACCUUGAAGUCAAGACACAUUCAGUUAAUCGGGAUCGGCGGAACAGCUCUUUUCGUCCAGAUAGGCUCAGUGCUGCCGUAUGGUGGUCCUGGGAGUCUCCUUCUGGCUUUCGCAUUAUGGGCAACUGUCGUCUUAGCCAUCAAUUCCUGCCUGACCGAGCUCGUCACCUGGGUGCCCGUUUCAUCUCCUUUCUCUCAAUACGCAGAUCGCUAUGUGGAUCCCGCCCUUGGGAUUUGUGUAGGAUUAAAUUUCUUCCUCCAGAUGGCCAUGAGUGUUCCCUUCGAGAUCACAGCCUUCAACUUGAUGCUAAGAUAUUGGACGGACAAGAUUCCCACAGUCGCAGUCAUCAUCUUCAUUCUAAUAGCUUACACCUUACUUAACAUUUUUGCUGUCAAGUACUACGGAGAGGCGGAAUACUGGCUAGCUAUAGGAAAAGUCAUCCUCACCCUCGGUCUGUUUAUGUUCACGUUCGUCACCAUGGCCGGGGCGAACCCCAUCCACGAUCGUUACGGUUUUCGCAAUUGGGAUCCACUCAUCGUUCCACAGGGAACCCCGUUCGCAACUUACGUUCAUUCCGGAUCGCUCGGUCAUUUCCUCGGAUUCCUCCGUUGCCUAACCCAAGCCGUCUUCACAGUAGCCGGACCCGAGCUCGUGGCGAUGACUUCUGGCGAAGCGGAGAACCCCCGGAAGGUCUUACCCCGCUCUUUCAACGCUGUGUUCUACCGACUCGGGUCGUUCUUCAUCGUUGGUGCUUUCACUGUAGGGACAAUUCUUCCCUACACAGACCCGAAGCUGGCUUUGGUCUCUUCUGGUAAACGCACUGGCGCGGCGGCUUCGCCUUAUAUUAUCGCUAUGGAGAACUUGGACGUUCGGGGAUGGAACCAUCUGGAAAUAGCUAUGUUUAUUGUGCCAGUCGGACCCUCUAUGGUCUUGCGCUCAAUGGCCAUGUCUCUAAAUCUCUUUGUCGCUGUACUUCGUCGGGGGUCCCACUUUAUUGCGUCGGUUUCGGAGAGAAGUAGUGUGGUCUUAGAGUGGUUCACCGAUAUUAUCACGGUCUGCCAAAGCGUUAAUUACGCAGGAUUCUACAUGGCUCUGAAGAUCCAAGGAAUAUCCCGAAAUUCGCUUCCUUACCGAUCCAAGUACCAGCCUUACCUUGCAUUUUAUUCAUUAUUCUGUUCCUUCAUAAUGAUCUUUGCCACGGGAUUCACGGUAUUUCUCCCCGGUCAGUGGAAUACAACUACAUUCGUGUUCUCGUACAUACUUGUCAUCGCUCUACCCAUCCUUUUUGGAGUUUACAAAUUAACCCGACACACAAAGUGGAGACCACUAGCUACCAUUACCUUCUUUGACGAGGAGCGGAAGAUCAUCGACGAUUAUGAGAGAUCGUUCAUCUCUCAGAAAGGAGCUGGACUUGGAGACUUUGCCCUACGACUAGGAGCCCGAAAUUGA